CCGAUAUUCCGGUUGUACAGGGCGGUGGGGCGGAACCUUUCUCCCCCGCCUGCUGUCGCUUCCCCCCGGGCCCAGGUGUCGCCGGACCGGGAGUGGAGGCUUCAUUACAAACAUGGCUCCUGCGGGCCCUGAGCCUGGGGAGCGGUCCUCCGGGCUGGAGGCUCCGGGACUCGCCGAAGACCGGCUCUUCCUGGUUAAAGGUGGGCUUUUCCUAGGUACUGUUGCUGCUGCGGGAAUGCUAGCUGGAUUCGUUACAACGUUAUCUUUGGCUAAAAAGAGAAGCCCUGAGUGGUUCAAUAAGGGAAGCAUGGCCACCGCUGCGCUGCCGGAGAGCGGGUCUUCCCUGGCCUUGCGAGCCCUGGGCUGGGGCUCCCUGUGUGCGUGGUGCGGGGUUGGUGUGAUCAGCUUCGCGGUCUGGAAAGCUUUAGGAGUUCACAGUAUGAAAGACUUUCGAAGCAAAAUGCAAUCAAUAUUUCCAGCAAUUCCCAGGAACUCCCAACCCGCUGUUGAGUGGGAGGAAGCAUUGAAAUCCAAAUGAGAUGAGCAUGGCGGGGAUUCCCAAAGCGUUGUUACAGAGCGUGGCUUCGGAGACGCCCGCAGCCAAGGGACUCACGGAUUUCUCCUCGGGAAGACGCGCCCAGCGUGCUCUGCCCGCGGGUGGACACGGCCGUGUGUUCACACUGUCCCUCGCUUUGCUGUAAACUUCACGUGGCGCGCCUGCGCAUAUGCACAUGUCGUGUUGGGGGUGGGUGGUGGGGGUGGAGGACAAAUUUUUCCCAAAGUCAGGAAGACCGUUUAAAAUGAUGAUACGAUAACUUCUCUGUGUGGAGGAGAUCCCCGGGGAGUACUUCUGUGUUAUGACUAUAACAGCUGAAGCCAAGUUCUGUACCUGAAAAAAGUUUGUAACAGCCUCUGAUGGAAAAUGCUGAUAACAGGUCCCAACUGCAGCAGUGCCUCGAUGUGCCUGACUGAAUGAGUUUCAGCAGGGCUUGCCUGUCGGUCAUGGCUGUUGGGACUUGGGACACUCGCUCCUGCCGUAGACUCUGCAGUGACGGCCGGGAGGGCCUGAGCCUGGGCGCUGCCCUCGGAGCCAGUCUGACCCGCACGUGCUCCGUACGGACCUACAGCCUCACCUGCAGCCUGUAAAUGCUCCCAUUGGGCAAGAGCCAGUGACAGAUUACAACGGCUUGGAAAGGUACAGCUGUGCUCAAAUAAGGGUAAGACAUCAUGGGUAUUAGACAUAGUAUUUUGAGAAAUUGGUCCCGGGUCCCUAAACAUUAACUGACAGUUUGUAGUUUUGUCUCAGUUGUCAAUGUCAAAAUUGCCCAGUUAUCGCCUAUCUAAACAAGUAUUUUUAACCAGAAAAUUAUCUGAGUGUUAAGUCUCAAUAUUAAUUAUUUAGUACUGCCUUGCUGAUGAAACUGGCAAAUUCUUAUAUACACACCCAACCCUUUUCUGUCCUCCACGAGCUCUUACAGAAAACAGAAUAAUGUCUAAUUGCAAUUAUUUUUUACUGGAGAUUUAAAAAUUUUAAAGAAAAAGGAUAUGUCAGUAUGUCCGGAAAAAUAACCUCUGGUUGAAUAUCAAUUGUCUAAUUUCUUUAUCAUUGUUUAGGCCCUAAUUAGCAAUCAGGUUUAAUAAAGUAUAUUUGAAAUUAA